AUGUCAUCAACAGUAGAGGAAACGUCAUCGCCGAGUACUGCAGAAGUAGAUACGUCAUCACCUAAUAUUGCAGUAGUUGAUACGUCAUUAGCGGGUACUGCAGUAGUGUAUACGUCAUCAGGGUGUGCUGCAGUAGUGGAUACGUCAUCAGCGGGUACUGCGGUAGUGGAUACGUCAUCAGCCUGUGCUUCAGUAGUGGAUACGUCAUCAGCGGGUACUGCAGUAGUGGAUACGUCAUUAGCGUGUGCUGCAGUAGCGGAUACGUCAUCAGUGUGUGCUGCCGUAGUGGAUACGUCAUCAACAGUAGAGGAAACGUCACCGCCGAGUACUGCAGAAGUAGAUACGUUAUCAAAUAAUAUUGCAGUAGUUCAUACGUCAUUAGCGGGUACUGCAGUAGUGAAUACGUCAUCAGGGUGUGCUGCAGUAGUGGAUACGUCAUCAGCGGGUACUGCAGUAGUGGAUACGUCAUCAACGUGUGAUGCAGUAGUGGAUACGUCAUUCGCAUGUGCUGCAGUAGUAGAUACGUCAUCAACGGGUACUGCAGUAGUGGAUACGUCAUCAGCCUCUGCUGCCGUAGUGGAUACGUCAUCAGCGUGUGCUGCAGAACUGGAUACGUCAUCAGUGUGUGCUGCCGUAGUGGAUAAGUCAUCAGCGUGUGAUACAGUAGUAGAUACGCUAACAGCGGGUUCUGCAGUAGUGAAUACGUCAUCAGCCUGUGCUUCAGUAGUGGAUACGUCAUCAGCGGGUACUGCAGUAGUGGAUACGUCAUUAGCGUGUGCUGCAGUAGCGGAUACGUCAUCAGUGUGUGCUGCCGUAGUGGAUACGUCAUUAGCAUGUGCUGCAGUAGUAGAUACGUCAUCAACGGGUACUGCAGUAGUGGAUACGUCAUCAGCGUGUGCUGUAGUUGUUGAUACGUCAUCAGCCAGGCAUAAGAGACAAUGGCGGUAG